GCUGGAUCGUGUUAUUCUUGGUCACGUGUAGAGAGAGCAAGAGAGGACGCAGUAAAACUUUCCCACCUAUUGAUACAAUAACACAUUGAAGGGUUUACCAGGUUACAAUAAGCUAAUAGGACAUGGAAGCAUCAACUAUGUGGAUGGAUUCUCCAGAAAUUGAUGGUGCUGUUGAAGACUCAACAAAUCAAUCUAUCCAGUCUUCAACAAAUCAACCUAUCCAUGAAAAUAAUGAUACAAGAGAUUUGAGAAAGAAUUUGGAAGAAAACAAUGUGACAGAAAUUACCAAAACAGGAAAACUAUCCAGAAGUCAGAUCUUUACGCUGAUGUCAGCUGCAUCACUUAACUUCAGUUCUAUGAUCUGUUAUUCAAUACUGGGACCUUUUUUUCCUCAAGAGGCUUUGAAGAAAGGAGUUAGUAGCACAAUCACCGGAUUAAUAUUUGGAUGUUUCGCCUUAUUUAAUUUUUUAACUUCUUUGAUACUAGGGAAAUACUUGGUGCAAAUUGGAGCAAAAUUUAUGCUUGUAAGUGGUAUGUUUACGUCUGGAUGUGCAACAAUUUUAUUUGGUCUUUUAGAUAAAGCUCCAGAUGGAACAGUAUUCAUUGUAUUGUGCUUUAUAGUGAGAUCUGUGGACGCAAUUGGAUUUGGUGCUUCAAUUACAGCAUCUUUUUCUAUUCUUGCAAAGGCAUUUCCUAACAAUAUAGCUACUACAAUGGGUAGUCUUGAAAUUUUUACUGGCCUUGGCCUUAUUUUAGGCCCUCCUCUUGGUGGAUUUCUGUACCAGUCUUUUGGAUAUGAAAUUCCCUUUAUUGUCCUCGGUUGCAUUGUCCUCUUAAUGGUGCCAUUGAAUAUUGCUAUAUUGCCGAAAUACGAUUCUGUUCCUGGCAAAGACUCCUUCUGGACAUUAUUUACUAUACCAAAAGUCGUAUUAAUGUGCUUUAUUAUAUUUUCAAUGAGUUCAUGCCUUGCUUUUUUGGACCCAACUAUGUCACUUUUUGUAGUAGAACAAUUUCAUUUACAAACUGGGUACGUUGGUUUGGUCUUCCUUGGACUUGCAUUAUCAUAUUCACUGAGCUCACCCCUGCUCGGAAUGCUAAGUGACAAAUUUCCUAAACUGAGGAAGUGGCUUCUCAUCUUUGGUAACUUAGGAACUGCAGUUUGCUUUUUUAUGCAAGGGCCAGCUCCUAUAUUUCAUAUUGAGAGUAAAUUAUGGCUGUUUGUCCUCAUAUUGGUUUUGAAUGGCUUCUUUUUUGGACUGACUACUAUACCUGUCUUUCCCGAAAUGCUCAGCGCUGUCUAUGAACAUGGAUUUGAAGAAAGCCUUAGUACUUUGGGACUUAUAUCUGGAUUAUUUGGUGCAAUGUGGGCUGUGGGUGGAUUUGUUGGUCCGACAUUAGGCGGCUUUUUGAAUGACAAAUUUCAUUUUCAAUGGGCAGCGGCUAUGCAAGGAAUUCUACCACUCUUGGUUAGUUUUCUGUGCACUGUUUUUUACAUUUGGGAUGCCCAUAAAGAAAAGAAAAGUGUGCCUGUUGUUAACUCUACAACUGAAGAACAAGAACCUUUAUUACGGUGUGAACAGGAAUGAUAUGUUGUGUUUAUUUUUAUUUAUCCUACUAGCCAGCCAUUAACACGUUUUAUACAGAGGAUACUAAAUAUGUGAUCUGAGACAUUCAGACUUUUACACUACUCCUUAGAGUGUUAUUGAAUACCCACAUUUUCUGUUAUGGUUUCAAACAAUAUUUGUUUUUAAUCCAGAAUGCUGCAACUGUUCUAUUAUAUGGCAGCAUAUUAACGGUUCAUAGCUCCAUCAUCUCUCCCCAAUGGCUGCCAACUCAUUCACCUACUGAUCCCUAAACAUUUAUCUACAUGUCAGAGGACAUGGAGAAGAAUUGCCAGGUUGUGUGAGCUUAUUUAAAAUUAAGUAUAAAAACUGUGUUUAUCACUGUGUCAAUAUAUAACCAAAUGUAUGUAUGUGAAUACGUAUCUGCCACUCCACUGCGAUUGUUGUCUGUUAUUACCAGUAGACUUUUGUUUGUUUAAUGUAUAAAAAAACAUAUAUUAA